AUGAAGCAACAACAAGAUGUGGAAGUCAAUGUAAAGGCUUUCAGACUUUUUUUUAUCAGGACUGCCUAGGCCUAGGGGGUAGCGGCUAGGGGACCAAUUGGGAUUCUUGGAAAGGCUCUGUUGCUAACAAGACUCCCCUUGUUAGUUAGAUUCCUCCUGUUUUUAAAUAAAAGUGUGUGUCUACUACAUACAAAUAAUGAUGAUAAGCCUAAUAUUAGAUUUUAUAACAGAUUUCAUAUAUUUGGCACUACUUUUUUCACUACUACUUCUCAAUUCACCAUUGACUCAUCGAGGCUGUAAGAGCAGUGCCAGACUGGAAUGUAGUGACGUGCUGUGUGUGUGGUGCUUUCCACUGACUGGACACAUAAGGGUUUAGUCUGCUGGUAGGACUGAUGGAACUUGGCCCUGCUUGGCUUGUGUGAGUGGGGGUUAUGAGGGUGUUGAGCAGUGGGCCUAGUCUAGGCAUGUGUCAAGGGUUUCUACUGUUUUCCUUGUACUUUCUGUCUCGCGGGAUAGUUACACAAGAGUAGAUAUUCCAGAUGCCAAACACACAAAUCCGCACGCACACAGACACACACACUUGUUCCAGUCAGUUAGAGUGAAAGCCUAUGAAACGGCAAGGCUAGGGGCAGAUGUGAAAGCAAUUUCAAAUAAUUUCUUUUUUUCUGGCUAGGGCUCUUUCGCUACUAAACUGCGGCAGCAUGAUUAACAUACAUUUUCCUAUGUUUAGUACGAGUUAACCUAACGUAGCAGGCAUAAAAAUACACCUGAGUGGUGUCCCCACAUUUUUCCUGAGAAACGGAAGUUAGGUUGAAAAUACUGUAUCCCUGAAAACCGGAAACAUCUUCUUUCUGCCGACCCCGUGGAGAGUGAGUACGAGUAGACAGGCACGUGUUAGCCCAACGUGAAGCAUGGUGAAGCAGGGGGGUGAAUAAGAGGAAAGAAAUGCACAGUAGUUUCAGGCUGUUUCAAUUACUGGAAUGACCGUGGCCUGCUUCACAUUCACACAGACACCUACAGACGGACGGGGAACCCAGUCAGAAAAACAUUCUGCCCUAUUCCAGAUGGCUGCUGUGGAAAUGGUUGAGUAAUCACUAGGGUAUUGUAUUAAAAACUCUAACUUACAUGAGGACAUUCCACUAGUCCAGUCCACUAGUACUACCAUUAUCACUUUGAGAAGUCCAUUGAACUGGCAAUGACAAUUUUUUGACAUAUUUACAGUGCCUUCAGAAACUAUUCACACCCCUUGACGUUUUCCACAUUUUGUUAUCUGUAAGGUCCCUCAGUCGAGCAGUGAAUUUCAACCACAGAUUCAACCACAAAGAACAGGGAGGUUUUCCAAUGCCUCACAAAGAAGGGCACCUAUUGGUAGAUGGGUCAACAACAAAAAAAGCAAUUAGAUACUAUAUUUCUGUAUUUUCUUUUCAAUAAAUUUGCAAAAAUGUCUAAAAAUAUGUUUUCACUUUGUCAUUGUGGGGUAUUGUGUGUAUAUGGGUGACAAAAAAUUCAUAUUUAAACCAUUUUGAAUUCAGGCUGUAACACAACAAGAUGUGGAAUAAGUCAACGGGUAUGAAUACUUUCUGAAGGCACUGUAAUUGUUGUGAACAGUCUUAGGAUAAAUCAUACAAGCAGUCUUGUUAGGCCCUAGCGGUGAAAGUUCAGGAACUCCCACCCACACACAAACACAUACAUAUGUUUUUAGUUAUGGCGAAUUACUCUCUUAUUUUAAGUAUUUAACUACAUGAUUACUACGUCUCGAAUUUGGCUCUGCCAGGGCUCUCACCUCCUCCCUGUAGGCUGUCUCAUCAUUGUUGGUAAUCAGGUCUACGACUUGUGUCGUCAGCAAACUUGAUGUACAUGGCCAUACAGUCAUGGGUAGGGCUGUGGCGGUCAUAAAAUUAUGUUAGCCGGUUAUUGUCAUGCAAAAGACUGUCGGUCUCACGGUAAUUGACUGUUAAUUGACAUAAACACAUUUAGAAUCUCAGGCCUCCACCCAUACAAGCCAUAUACAAGCUACUGAUGCGCACCUUUGGAACAUCUAUAUUUAAAAAAAAGUUUAAUAAAUCAAUUUAAUAUACACCAUCACAAUAAAUCCAUUAUUCAUUUUAGGCAGGUCUAAAGAAACAUUAUGAUAUGAAGAAAGUGUAUUUCAGAAGAACAGAAGAUGAGUUGGCCUGCUGUAUGUUCUCUGGCUAUGCACCAUGCCAUAGGCUGUAGGCUUGUUCGUUUAGCUGACAAGAUAUGCUUAUACAGUGAGGGAAAAAAGUAUUUGAUCCCCUGCUGAUAUUGUACAUUUGCCCACUGACAAAGACAUGAUCAGUCUAUAAUUUUAAUGGUAGGUUUAUUUGAACAGUGAGAGACAGAAUAACAACAACAAAAUCCAGAAAAACGCAUGUCAAAAAUGUUAUAAAUUGAUUUGCAUUUUAAUGAGGGAAAUAAGUAUUUGACCCCUCUGCAAAACAUGACUUAGUACUUGGUGGCAAAACCCUUGUUGGCAAUCACAGAGGUCAGACGUUUCUUGUAGUUGGCCACCAGGUUUGCAAACAUCUCAGGUGGGAUUUUGUUCCACUCCUCUUUGCAGAUCUUCUCCAAGUCAUUAAGGUUUCAAGGCUGACGUUUGGCAACUCGAACCUUCAGCUCCCUCCACAGAUUUUCAAUGGGAUUAAGGUAGCAUUCCUCCGCCUCCAAACACGGCGAGUUGAGUUGAUGCCAAAGAGCUCCAUUUUGGUCUCAUCUGACUGAUUCGUCAGUGGAUCUGUUGGGGCAAUAUGCAAAUUGUAGUGGGUCUAGGGUGUCAGGUAAGGUGGAGGUGAUAUGGUUCUUAACUAGCCUCUUAAAGCACUUCAUGAUGACAGAAGUGAGUGCUACCGGGCGAUAGUCAUUUAGUUCCGUUAACUUCGCUUUCUUGGGUACAGGAACAAUGGUGGACAUUUUGAAGCAGGUGGGGACAGCAGACUGGGAUAUGGAGAGAUUGAAUAUGUCCGUAAACACUCCAGCCAGCUGGUCUGCACAUCCUCGUGAGCGUCGGGUGUCCGCGUCGGCGGCUCAAUGUUGUUUUCCUCUAUGUGGGCGAAGAAAGUGUUUAGCUCGUCCGGGAACAAGGAAUCGGUGUCCGCGACGUGCCUUGCUUUCCCUUUAUAAUCCGGGAUUGUCUGGAGUCCCUGCCACAUACGUCUCGUGUCUGAGCCGUUGAAUUGCGACUCCACUUUGUCCCUGUACUGUCGCUUUGCCUCUUUGAUUGCCUUAUGGAUGUCGUAGCUGGUCUGUUUUACACGUUCAUGUUCCCAGUCACCAUACCAUAGUUAAAUGCGGUGGUUCACACUUUCAGUUUUGCGCGAAUGCUGCCAUCUAUCCACAGUUUUUGGUUUUGAUCAAUUCUAAUCGCCACAGUGGGAACAACAUCCUCUAUGCACUUCCUAAUGAACCCAGUUACCGAGUCAGUGUAUACGUCGAUUCUAUUCUCAGGGGCGACCCUGAACAUUUCCCCGUCCACAAGAUCAAAACAAUCGAUUGGUGAGACCAACGUUGAACAGUCCUUACCACAGGAACGUGCUGUUUAAGUUUCUGCCUAUAGGUGGGGAGGAGCAGAAUGGAGGUGUGAUCUGAUUUGCUGAAGGGAGGGCGGGGGAAGGCCUUGUAGCCGCCCCAGAAGGGAGAGUACCAAUGAUCCAGGGUCUGUGUUGCGCUUGUAGCACAGGAGAUGUGUUAAUAGAAUUUUGGUAGCGUUUUCCUCCUUUAUUAAAGUCCUUUAUUAACGUCCCCAGCUAUAGUAAAUAUGGCAUCAGGAUAUGCAGUUUCUAGUUUGCACAUAUUCCAGUGUAGUUCCUUAAGAGCCAUCACAGUAAUCAUGAAACAAACCCCUCCACCUUUCUUUUUCCCGGAGAGUUCUUUCUUCCUGUCCGCGCGAUGGACAGAGAACCCCGCUGGGUGAAUGAAUAGGGAUAAUAUAUCCGGAGAGAGCCAUGAUUCCGUAAAACAGAGUAUGUUACUCUGGAAGGAGAUCCUCACCCUGAGCUCGUCUACUUUAUUGUCCAGGGACUGAACAUUAGCAAGUAAUAUACUCAGAAGCGGUGGCUGGUAUGCAUGCCGCCUGAGUCUGACUAGGGCCCCACUCCUUCUACCGCUUCUCUGGUGUCUGUGUUUUGGUGCAGCCCCCGUGAUAAAUAGAGCUGCCUCGGGAAGUUUAAACAAAGGUUCCAGGUCAGGGAAGUUUAAUUUCUGCUUGAAUUUCUGGUGAAUGACCACCAAUCUUUCCAGCUGUAGGUAAUAAUACAAGAAACGUUCUGAGGAAAUAACUUAAGAAAUAACAUAAAUAAAUAAAUAAAAAUACUAGAAACAGAGUGACCAUGUCUGUCGGCGAAAUCAUGUAAAUCUUGUGAUUUAUAAAGGUCAAUAGUUCUGAGACACUGGUGUCAGAAACUUCCCAAAAUAAAGUUACCAUGUUUGAUAAGCACGUUUUCGACAUUCGUACCCCUUUCAUGCAGUCAAAUGAUCAAAUUGCCCUCUAGUUGUAAUGAAUACUCGGACAGAGUGGUAAGAUCCAAUCGCAGAAUAGCGAUGCUUUAUUAAAGUACAGACAAGGGAAAGGCUUAAUCGUGGUCGGGCGGGCUGUGGUCAAAACCGGGCCAGGCAUAGACAGGCAGGGGUACCAAAGGAGCGGGCUUAGUCGUAGUCGAGGUCACAGGCACAGGAUUCGAGAACGGUAAUCACUGGGGUAGACAAGUAGAGGAUUAAGCAAUACGGGGAGUCAAAUAACAAGGCACUGGUCGGAUACACGGGUAAUCAAAACAACAAACUCUCUCUCUCUCACUCGGAACAAAACGCUUAGCAAGUCACAAUGGAACAAUACCUCGCGCCGACUGAGCUUCUGAGCACACCUUAAAUCCUAUACUAAUUACUGACAGGUGUGCUCAGAACUCAGGUGACCCAGAUCGAGUCUGAUGACUCCCCCUCUCAGUAGAUCGGGGAAGUGUCAGACUCUGUCUAGAUCCUGCCAAACCCCGAUCCCUUACAGUAUCCCCCUCCCCAGGGCCGGCUCCUGACGGCCUUCUACCUCUACCGGGUGGUCUUCCUCUGGGUCGGGGUCCUGGCUGAUCUGGGUGCUCAGCGUGGAAAGUGGCCUUGAGAGCGGGAUCCAGUAUAUCCUUAGCCGGAACCCAGGACCGUUCCUCAGGUCCAUAUCCCUCCCAGUCCACGAGAUAUUCGAUUCCCCCUCGUCUCCGUCUUGACUCCAGUAUCUCAUGGACUGUAUAGAUGGUGUCCUGUUCAUCCUCCAAAGGUGGUGUAGUAGGUUGUUGAGCGAUUGGUGGAUACAUCGGGCUAUAAUGGACAGGUUUCAGCAGGGAGACGUGGAACGUAGGGUUUAUCCUGUAGUGUCGAGGGAGGAACAGACGGUAGGUGACAGGGUUAAUACGCCUCUGUACUUUGAAGGGACCAAUGUACCUGGGUUGGAGCUUCUUGCAGCUCCGUCGGAACCGCAGGUCUCGGGUAGACAGCCACACUCGCUGCCCGGGUUGAUAAAUGGGAGUAGGUCUCCGGCGUCGGUCGGCGUAGGUCUUUUGUUGUUGUGAGGCUUGGCUGAGAUGUUGAUGGGCCGUCUCCCAGACCUGCGCACUCCGACGGAACCACUCGUCCACCGCCGGUACCAUCCCUGAUGCGGUAUCCCACGGAAACAGGGGAGGUUGAUACCCUAGAACACACUGGAAGGGCGUUAAACGUAGGGAGGUGUGAAUGAGUGAGUUCUGAGCAUACUCUACCCAAGGAAGGAAUCGACUCCACUCUUGCGGUUGCCGCGAACAUUGUUGCCGUAGAUAUUUCCCAAUUUCCUGGUUGAGCCGUUCUGUCUGCCCAUUGGCCUGGGGAUGAUAUCCGGAGGUUAGGCUAACCGAAAUGCCCAAGCGUUCGCAGAACGCCUUCCAUACCCGGGAUACAAACUGGGGUCCCCGGUCGGAAACAAUAUCCUCCGGGACACCAAACUGCCGGAACACCUGGGUAAACAUAGUCUCAGCCAUCUGAGUGGCGUUAGGCAAACGGGUCAUAGGUACUAACCGACACAUCUUGGAGAAACGAUCGAUGACCACGAGAAUUACAGUAUGGCCCUCUGAUUCAGGUAGGUCGGUAAUAAAGUCCAUAGCAAUGUGCGACCAUGGUCGUUGAGGAGUUGGCAAUGGCAUCAGCUUACCCUCCGGUAGUGCACGAGGUACCUUGGACUGGGCACAUACUGGACAGGAUAAGACAUAGUCUCUGACGUCAUCUGCGAGGGAAUCCCACCAGUAUUUUCGGCUGAUGAGUCGUGUAGUUCGAGUGAUUCCAGGAUGACCAGAUCCCAGCGACGUGUGGCACCAUUCCAUCAGUUGAGGGCGAAGAGAAGCUGGCACAAACACCUUAGACUCCGGGGUUUCUGGAGGGGCUGGUUCCGCUUGUAAACUCUCCUGAAUCGUGUCAUCAAUAGCCCACCUCACCGGUCCAGCACGGUAACUCAUGGGGAGAAUAGUUUCUGGCUCCACGGGUCUUUCUGUGCGCUCGAACCGUCGGGAAAGCGCAUCCGCCUUACCAUUCUUGGACCCGGGGAUAUAAGACACAGUGAAUCGGAACCGGUUUAAGAAUAAAGACCACCUGGCCUGUCGGGAGUUCAGUCGUUUGGCGCUGUGAAGAUACUCCAGGUUGCGGUGGUCCGUGAGCACCUGGAACGGAUGCUCUGCUCCCUCCAACCAAUGUCUCCACUCCUCCAGGGCUAACUUCACCGCCAGUAAUUCCCGAUUACCCACGUCAUAGUUCUGCUCGGCAGCAUUCAAUUUCCGGGAAAAGAAAGCACAGGGUCGUGAUUUAGGCGGCUCACCUUGGCGUUGGGAUAACACGGCUCCAACUCCAACCUCCGAAGCGUCCACUUCCACGAUAAACGGUAAGGUAGGGUCCGGCUGACAUAGAAUAGGAGCGGUGGUAAAACGUUGCUUCAGCGUCUCAAACGCACGCACUGCCCCCUUCGUCCAGUUCAGACCGCGACCCUUGUAGCUGGUCAUCGCUGACAGAGGCGCUGCGGUUGUGCUGAAAUUACGCACGAACCGUCUAUAGUAAUUGGCAAACCCUAAGAACCUCUGGAGCUCCUUCACCGUCUUGGGUUGAGGCCAGUCUUGUACCGCUUGCACCUUAGAUUCAUCCAGUUUAACACCGUCGGGAGUGAGUAUGGCCCCAAGGAAGGAAAUCGUAGUGACGUGGAAUUCGCUUUUUUCUGCCUUCACAAACAGAGAAUGUUGUAGGAGCCGAUCCAGAACCUGUCGUACAUGGGACACAUGUUCACUCAGCGAGUUAGAAUAUAUGAGAAUGUCAUCAAUGUAUACUAUGACAAAUCGAUCAAUCAUGUCUCUGAAAAUGUCAUUCAUGAACGCCUGAAAUACUGAGGGCGCGUUGGUAAGUCCAUAGGGCAUGACACAAUAUUCGUAGUGUCCUCGAUGUGUGAUGAAGGCGGUCUUCCAUUCAUCCCCCUCUCUAAUACGCACCAGAUUGUACGCACUCCUGAGGUCCAGUUUACUGUACAUGGAGGCCUGUCCCACCUGUUCAAGGGCGGCUGGAAUCAAAGGAAGGGGAUAACGAUUUUUUAUGGUUAUAUCGUUCAACCCUCGAUAGUCGAUACAAGGACGCAGUCCGCCAUCCUUUUUCUUCACAAAGAAAAAACUGGAUGCGGCGGGAGACGUCGAUGGGCGAAUAGCCCCUUGCUGUAGCGCCUCAUCAACAUACUGACUCAUCGCUUCUCGUUCAGGCUGUGACAACGGGUAGAUUCUUCCACGAGGAGGUGUAGCUCCGGAUAGUAGAUCAAUCCCGCAGUCCCAGGCCCGAUGAGGUGGUAACACGGUAGCCCUCUCCUUGGAGAACACCUGCGCGUAAUCCUGGUAUUCUGUAGGGACCACAGUAGACACCGCACCCUGCGCAUCCUCCACAGUAGACGUUUUGCACGGUAAAUUGAGGCACUCUGCCCUACAUACCUCACUCCAAGCUGUGAUAUCGCCAGAUUUCCAGGAGAUGACCGGAUCAUGGAGGACGAGCCAGGGGUGGCCGAGAACUAGUGGCUCCCGUGGAGCGGAGAUGACGAAAAAAAAGAUGUUCUCCUGGUGUAUGGCGCCCACUUGUAACUUGAUCUCCCUGGUACGGUGCGUAAUGAAACCAGUGCCCAUGGGCUCACCGUCUAGCGCGUUGACUCGCAGGGGAGGUUGAAUAGGAAUAAGUGGAACUCCCAACUCCUCAGCAAGACCCAUAUCCAGAAAGCUGGCCGCCGCUCCGGAAUCAAUAAGUCCUUCCAACCUGCCCACUUUCUCUCCGACAGAUAAGGUAACAGGUACAUACAUUUGUUUAGCUGUAAUGUUCAAAACGGGAGUCUCACUCACCGGUGUGGCAGUUCCGAGGCGAUAUCCUGAGGUACGGUUAGGUCGUACCGGACAUUGACGCACGAAAUGACCCGACUGACCACAAUACAGGCAUAGUCCGUCUUGCCGACGUUGUUGUCUCACCGACCCUUGGAGAGGUGACCGUCCCAGUUGCAUAGGUUCCUCCUCAGAUUCUCUCCUCCGCUCUGUCGCUUGCAUAGGACCGGUGAUCGAGGGCUCCCGAACUGUGGAUGCCUUGUGUUGCACUAUAAGAUUAUCAAUAGAGAUGGCAAUUUUGAUAAACUCAUGUAGCGUAGUGAUAUCUCCUCGACAAGCCAACUCAGUCUGUACGUCUUUGCGCAGCCCUCUACGGAAAACUGUGAGCAAAGCAGUCUCGCUCCAUCCGCUACCGGCUGCUAUAGUACGGAACUCUAAAGCGUAGUCGGCUACUGUGCGACGGCCCUGCUGAAGUUCGCAUAGCUGAUCUCCCACACUACGCCCAGAUACUGGGUGGUCGAACACCUCUUGAAACAGUCUCUUGAACUGAACUUCCUCAUUCAGCUCGGGGACCUCAGCUGCCCAAAGCGCAGUAGCCCAAUCCAGUGCUCUUCCCGUUAGCAGAGAAAUCAUGAAAUCCACCCUGCUACGGUCAUCGGAAAACAUGGAAUGAUUAUACGACAUAUACAGGGACAUCUGGAGUAGAAACCCCUGACAUUUGCCAGGUUCCCCGUCGUACCUUGUCGGUAUAGAAAUCGGAGGUGCAUGACGAGGACUGACCGUACUCGGGGUGGUGCCUUCCGCUGCACCAGCGUUGAGUAGCUGUAGGAGUUCAUCCAUGCAUUUCUCCUGUAUCUCCCAUCGCCUCUGUAAUUCCGCUGGAUCCAUGGUAUUGGCGAGGUAUUCUGUAAUGAAUACUCGGACAGAGUGGUAAGAUCCAAUCGCAGAAUAGCGAUGCUUUAUUAAAGUACAGACAAGGGAAAGGCUUAAUCGUGGUCGGGCGGGCUGUGGUCAAAACCGGGCCAGGCAUAGACAGGCAGGGGUACCAAAGGAGCGGGCUUAGUCGUAGUCGAGGUCACAGGCACAGGAUUCGAGAACGGUAAUCACUGGGGUAGACAAGUAGAGGAUUAAGCAAUACGGGGAGUCAAAUAACAAGGCACUGGUCGGAUACACGGGUAAUCAAAACAACAAACUCUCUCUCUCUCACUCGGAACAAAACGCUUAGCAAGUCACAAUGGAACAAUACCUCGCGCCGACUGAGCUUCUGAGCACACCUUAAAUCCUAUACUAAUUACUGACAGGUGUGCUCAGAACUCAGGUGACCCAGAUCGAGUCUGAUGACUCCCCCUCUCAGUAGAUCGGGGAAGUGUCAGACUCUGUCUAGAUCCUGCCAAACCCCGAUCCCUUACACUAGUGGCCUCAUGGGUGGAAUAUUAUUAAUAUUUUUCAUAAUUUCAUUGAUGAGACGGUUUUAAGAGCCACCACUUCAAACUGGCCUCCCCUCCUCCUGUCAUGUAUUUACAUUAGAGAGAAACCUUGCCCGUUUUGCGUCUAGAACCUCAGAGUCCUUUCAAGGCCCUCUGCCCAUGACCACAUGACCACGCUCACCCUGCCUUGCUCUGCUGUUCUGAUGGAAACUCGUGAUUACAUUUAUGAAAGACGGUCUUCUCUCUCGCCACUGUGGUCAGUAUUCGGGUGACUGGGGUCUCUGCAAAAACAGUCUGAUUCAGUCACGUCUUUCCCUCCACUGCUUCAUUUUUGGUGUUGAGGGGAUCCAAACAUUCCCAGAGGCUGACACCAUUUCUGGAAAUACCCCCAUUUUUAUUAAAAGCUAAUGUUUCUGGAUUCUGGAUUCACACAGAAAUGUUGGACUGGCUUUCUCCAGGGGCGAGAUGACUGGGUUGUUGAAGAAAAGGCUGAGCUCAGCAUUCAUAGCUUAGCAAAGCAGUUUUUAAAGGGUUGGCACUCAGCACUCCAUGUCCCCACAAUACACAUUACAGCCCAGCCAGGAGUUAGACUGUGGGUCUAUGGCUGUAUGGGCUUUAAUAGGGGGCUGAACAGUCAGAGGUCUAUAACAUGGAUGCGUGAGGGAGCAUAGAGCAGUCUUCACACGCAACCUAGAGGUCAAAGGUGAAGACGCCACUCUCCUUUAAGGGUCCUUAGGACAGACAGAGGAGGGUAAUUGAGGACCAUGACCCCCCUACUGACCAGUUGGGUUUACAGACCCAUAGUAUAGGGUUAGGAUUAAGGUUGACCGGAGGUAGGAGAGGACCACACAGCCUGCCUCAGCCCUCAGGCAACAGCUUUUGUUUUCACUGUUAUUGUAGCUUGGUGAAAAGGGCAAGCAAUUCUUAAUUUUUGUUAUGUUUGAUCAAGAUAGCAUAAAAGCGUGACUUUUUACACGUGUUUUUGCAGCACCACCUCUUGGUAUUUUACUGAUUGAUUAUGAUUGAGAGAAGAUCAAUGAAUUGAAUUAUUGAUUAUGCAAAUGUCGUUCCCCUAGUCCCAAUCACUCAUAUUCUCAACGUCUUAUUUACUUUCUCAAAAGUUGCGUAACAUAGGCCUACAGGAACAGAAACAUCACCAAAAUUUUUAUAAAAUAGAUUGAUGAUGUGUGUGGUUAAAGGUUAUCUCCAUGUUGAGAAGUUAAUCUGUUGAUGUAUGUUCCUUCACCCUGAACUCACCUCUCUGGUCACGUUGCUGACAGAGCACAACAAAUUCCAGACAUUCAUAUAGGGUUAACUAAAGCAGUGCAGUUUUAAGGCAAAAAUGCACUCAAAAAUGAAAAAGAAGGGGUCCAUACCAUGUCCUGAAGCAAAUCAAAUUAGUUUCAUUGAUAAUCUUCAUGUGAAAUAAUAACUGAUUGAAUUUGACUGUGGCUGAUCCAGGGUCUCUGUAUAUCUCUUUAUCUGCAGAGUCUGAAUGUCCAGGUAGAAGAGGUGCGUAUUCGGGCUAUCUCCUCCCAGCGUAAGAGGGUCCCCAUCACAGAGGGCUACCUGGAGGUGAAGGACGGAGGGAAGUGGAGACAGAUCUGUGACGAAGAGUGGACAGAGAUGAACAACAGGGUCAUCUGUGGGAUGUACGGCUUUCCUGGAGAGAAAGGAUACAACACUAAAGUCUACAAGUAAGCCUUACUAUUACUAGUUCAUUACUGUGGACUAACUCCUUCAGCCUUACUAUUACCAGUCCAUUACUGUGGACUAACUCCUUCAGCCUUACUAGUCCAUUAAUUGAAUAUUAAUAAUUGAAUAUGCCAUUUAGCAGACGCUUUUAUCCAAAGCGACUUACAGUCAUGUGUGCAUACAUUUUUUUAAACGUAUGGGUGGUCCCGGGGAUCGAACCCACUACCCUGGCGUUACAAGCGCCAUGCUCUACCAAUUGAGCUACAGAGGACCACGGACUAUCUCCUUCAGCCUUACUAUUACUAGUCCAUUACUGUGGACUAACUCCUUCAACCUUAAUAUUACUAGUCCAUUACUGUGGACUAACUCCUUCAGCCUUACUAUUACUAGUCCAUUACUGUGGACUAACUCCAUCAACCUUAAUAUUACUAGUCCAUUACCAGUGGUGUAAAGUACUACUUAAGUAGUGUUUUUUGGUAUCUGUACUUUACUAUUUAUAUUUUUGACUACUUUUACUUUUACUUCACUACAUUCCUUAAGAAAAUAAUGUACUUUUUACUCCAUACAUUUUCCGUGACACUCAAAAGUAGGCCUACUCGUUACAUUUUGAAUGCUUAGCAGGACAGGACAAGGGUCCAAUUCACACACUUAUCAAGAGAACAUCCCUGGUCAAACCUACUGUCUCUGAUCUGGCGGACUCACUAAACACAAAUGCUUCAUUUGUAAAUGAUGUCUGAGUGUUGGAGUGUGCCCCUGGCUAUCCGUAAAUUUAAAAAACAAGAAAAUGGUGCCGUCUGGUUUGCUUAAUAUAAGGAAUUUUAAAUUAUUUAUACUUUCACUUUUGAUAUUUAAGUAUAUAUUAGCAAUUACAUUUACUUUUGAUACUUAAGUGUAUUUAAAACCCAAUACCUUUAGACUUUUACUCAAGUAGUAUUUUACUGGGUGUCUUUCAAUUUUACUUGAGUCAUUUUCUGUUAAGGUAUUUUUACUUUUACUCAAGUAUGAGGAUUGGGUACUUUUUCUACCACUGUUCAUUACUGUGGACUAGUUCCUUCAGCCUUACUAUUACUAGUCCAUUACUGUGGACUAACUCCUUCAGCCUUAAUAUUACUAGUCCAGUACUGUGGACUAGCUCCUUCAGCCUUAAUAUUACUAGUCCAUUACUGUGGACUAGCUCCUUCAGCCUUAAUAUUACUAGUCCAUUACUGUGGACUAUCUCCUUCAGCCUUAAUAUUACCAGUCCAUUACUGUGGACUAACUCCUUCAGCCUUAAUAUUACUAGUCCAUUACUGUGGACUAACUCCUUCAGCCUUACUAUUACUAGUCCAUUACUGUGGACUAGCUCCUUCAGCCUUAAUAUUACUAGUCCAUUACUGUGGACUAACUCCUUCAGCCUUAAUAUUACUAGUCCAUUACUGUGGACUAACUCCUUCAGCCUUAAUAUUACUAGUCCAUUACUGUGGACUAACUCCUUCAGCCUUAAUAUUACCAGUCCAUUACUGUGGACUAACUCCUUCAGCCUUACUAUUACUAGUCCAUUACUGUGGACUAACUCCUUCAGCCUUAAUAUUACUAGUCCAUUACUAUGGACUCACUCCUUCAGCUGUGGACUCCUGAGUUCCUUAAUAUUUUACAGGCUAUGAGAUCAGGAGUCAGGAGGGUCAGCUAGUACAUUUUAAUAUUAGCACUCCUCACCUCCAUCAACCCUCCAGACAAGAUGAUUAUACUCAUUAUCAACACGGUUGAGCUAACCUAAAAUGUGCUGUGCAGUGGGGUUAGCCAAUUCCAGAAGUCAUUGUACUUUUAGCACCAGAUGCAGAUGGGCACAACCUUGCUCUUAAAACCGUCAAUAAAUAAAAGUCUAAAACUCCCAAGUUGAACUGGAAAAUGUCUUCAUUCAGGAAGGGUAGGGUAAUAUUUCUGUAAGUGUUUUAUGUAUUAAAAAACAAGGUUGUUUGUAUAAUGUUUCCUCAUCUGGUACUGUAGAGAAGAUCAUGUUUUCACAGCAGGCUAAAAUAAAAAAUAACCAUUUUAAUUCAGUGCAGUUCAACUCAAUUCAAUCUCUUUGUUCUCCUGUCUCAGGCUGCUGGCCAAGCGGAGGAAGAAGAACUACUGGGACUUCGGGGUGAACUGCACGGGGAACGAGGCCAGCCUGCACGGCUGUAAGCUGGGCCGCAAGGUGGAUCUGAAGGAGAACGCCACCUGUGAGAAGGGCAUGCCCGUGGUGGUGAGCUGUGUCCCAGGACGGGCUUUUGCUCCCAGCCAUGCCCAGGGCUUCAGCAAGGCCUACAGAGUGGAGGUAGGUUGAAUCAUCUGGAACGAGAGAGAGCUUAGAAUUCCAUAUAGAAGUGAUUUAUAGGACCUCUGUGUGGGAGGAGGCUUAUGAUGGAGAUGUGAUUACUACAGUUUGAGCUGUCUCUGGCCUUGUAUCUUGUAUUUACAUUUAAGUCAUUUAGCAGACCCUCUUAUCCAGAGCGACUUACAGUUAGUGAGUGCAUACAUUUUUCAUACUGGCCCCCUGUGGGAAUCAAACCCACAACCCUGGCGUUGCAAGCGCCAUGCUCAACCAACUGAGCUACACGGGGUAUUGAAAUUGAAAUCAUUCAGAAGAGGAGAAAAUUAUGAAAGACAAACCUUAGGAAAGUCCUGAGUUGUUAAAGACAUGCUUCGGAACUUUGACGACUACUUUGGGCUGGAUGUGUCAAUGUGUUGUUCAUACGUGCAUAAUCUAUGAGUAUAAUUACUGUUUUACCUCAAUUAGCCACAAAAUCCCUAGUUUGAAAUAAACUGUUUUUCUGGAAGCUGUGCUGCGCCAUUUUCCCUAAAUUUUUCCCCACGUGGGCCAGCCCCCUAGCAAUUCGAGUUCUAGCCAAUGAGCUAGAGGUCUUCAUGGAUCCACCUGUACCCGAAUACCCGAGACCCGAGUGGUUCCGGAUCCAGAAUUCUAAAUAAUGUCACAGGUCUUGGUCAGACCUGAUAUGAUUGUCACGGGUCUCGGGUAUGUGUAAUUUUAACUGACUUGUCCGGAAAGGCCCAUACAGAUCCAAACACGACUGCUGCAAAAGAGAGUGAAAUGUUAUCAUUUAUGCUGCUGCUCUCGCUUUUUACGAGCAUGGCGCGUGUAGCUUGUUGUUGUUGUUGGCCAAUUAUAAGUCAUCAAAGCAGCCUCCAUGUGUGACAAAAGUUAGGAGAUAUCUAAUCAAUGGAAGAUGGAAUUCAAAUGACGGAAUUAAAAGUUAAAGGAGAAGGACAGGCUACAACGACCAAGAGCCAACAGGUAGGCUGCUACUUAAUAUUCUGAAUGGAGUUGUUGUUAUUUGUAACUGUAGGAUGAGAAAGCGCAUGCACUGCAGCCUCAAUUAGCCUAGCUAGCUAAGGUACUAUGUAUUCAUAUUUGAUGAUAAAUAACCUAGCUAUGUCAGCUAUUAGUCUACUAUAGUGCGAGUCGGCUUAUUGGUUGGUUGGUGUCUGUCAUCUCUCCCUGCCUGCUCCCUGUGCCACUCGCUCACAGUACGGACCCUCCCCCACCUGCUAUAGUGGUUCCUCUCUAUCCCUCCUUUCUCGCUUUAUCAGCUCCGGUUAAUAAAGUAGCUUAAAAAAUGAAUUGUCUGCUGCUUCCAUCACUCGGCACGGGGUCUGUAUCCAACUAGGUCUAUACGGAACGGGUCUAGUUGUCCUCGGGUCCGUUCGGAACGGGUCUCUAUAUUACAUUUGAUUUAUUUAUGCAUAUCGUGUCCGGGUGGGAAAGCCCCAGGUCCAUUUUGUAACGGGUCCAACUUUUUGGACCCGUGGAGACCUCUACAAUGAGCUUCAGCCCAUUGCCAUUUGUGUGAUAGCUAGCAAGAUGCACACACAGCAGAGAGAGAGAGAGCAAUGACGUGGUGCACAUAUCUGCACAUUUUUGGGGACCACUUUUGGCUCAUGAGCGCUACUUUCAGAACUACUGGCUAAAAAGUAUACAAAAGUACCGGAUAAUCUCUUUAAUGUUAUGUAAAAUCGACUCUUCUUAGAUUUCUCCAAGCACAGCUACAUUGUGAACAUUCUGUUUUCAUGUGAUUAAACUCAGGAGACCCCAUCUGUAGAACACUGUGUUGGAACACUUUACUAAUGAGUCAUGAACUCUGGACUAAAGAGAGAAUAGAUACACUAAAUAGACAUACUUUUUUUUAUUUUAUUUUUAUUUAACCUUUAUUUAAUGAGGUAAGCCAGUUGAGAACAAGUUCUCAUUUACAACUGCGACCUGGCCAAGAUAGAGCAAAGCAGUGCGAUAAAAACAACAACACAGAGUUACAUAUGGGGUAAAACAAAACAUAAAGUCAAAAAUACAACAGAAAAUAUAUAUACAGUGUGUGCAAAUGUAGCAAGUUAUGGAGGUAAGGCAAUAAAUAGGCUAUAGUGCAAAAUAAUUACAAUUAGUAUUAACACUGGAAUGAUAUAUGUGCAAGAGAUGAUGUGCAAAUAGAGAUACUGGGGUGCAAAUGAGCAAAAUAAAUAACAAUAUGGGGAUGAGGUAGUUGGUGGGCUAAUUUCAGAUGGGCUGUGUACAGGUGCAGUGAUCGGUAAGGUGCUCUGACAACUGAUGCUUAAAGUUAGUGAGGGAGAUAAGAGUCUCCAGCUUCAGAGAUUUUUGCAAUUCGUUCCAGUCAUUGGCAGCAGAGAACUGGAAGGAAUGGCGGCCAAAGGAGGUGUUGGCUUUGGGGAUGACCAGUGAGAUAUACCUGCUGGAGCGCAUACUACGGGUGGGUGUUGCUAUGGUGACCAAUGAGCUAAGAUAAGGCAGGGAUUUUCCUAGCAGUGAUUUAUAGAUGGCCUGGAGCCAGUGGGUUUGGCGACGAAUAUGUAGUAAGGACCAGCCAACAAGAGCGUACAGGUCACAGUGGUGGGUAGUAUAUGGGGCUUUGGUGACAAAACGGAUGGCACUGUGAUAGACUACAUCCAAUUUGCUGAGUAGAGUGUUGGAGGCUAUUUUGUAAAUGACAUCGCCGAAGUAAAGGAUCGGUAGGAUAGUCAGUUUUACGAGGGCAUGUUUGGCAGCAUGAGUGAAGGAGGCUUUGUUGCAUAAUAGGAAGCCGAUUCUAGAUUUAACUUUUGAUUGGAGAUUCUUAAUGUGAGUCUGGAAGGAGAGUUUACAGUCUAACCAGACACCUAGGUAUUUGUAGUUGUCCACAUACUCUAGGUCAGACCCGUCGAGAGUAGGGAUUCUAGUCGGGUGGGCGGGUGCCAGCAGCGUUCGAUUGAAGAGCAUGCAUUUAGUUUUACUAGUGUUUAUGAGCAGUUGGAGGCUACUGAAGGAGUGUUGUAUGGCAUUGAAGCUCGUUUGGAGGUUUGUUAACACAGUGUCCAAUGAAGGGCCAGAUGUAUACAAAAUGGUGUCGUCUGCGUAGAGGUGGAUCUGAGAGUCACCAGCAGCAAGAGCGACAUCAUUGAUAUACACGGAGAAAAGAGUCGGCCCAAGAAUUGAACCCUGUGGCACCCCCAUAGAGACUGCCAUAGGUCCAGACAACAGGCCCUCCGAUUUGACACAUUGAACUCUAUCUGAGAAGUAGUUGGUGAACCAGGCGAGGCAGUCAUUUGAGAAACCAAGGCUAUUUAGUCUGCCAAUAAGAAUGCGGUGGUUGACAGAGUCGAAAGCCUUGGCCAGGUCGAUGAAGACGGCUGCACAGUACUGCCUAUUAUCGAUCGCGGUUAUAAUAUCGUUUAGGACCUUGAGCGUGGCUGAGGUGCACCCAUGACCAGCUCGGAAACCGGAUUGCAUAGCGGAGAAGGUACGGUGGGAUUCGAAAUGGUCGGUGAUCUGUUUGUUAACUUGGCUUUCAAAAACUUUCGAAAGGCAGGGCAGGAUGGAUAUAGGUCUGUAACAGUUUGGAUCUAGAGUGUUACCCCCUUUGAAGAGGGGGAUGACCGCGGCAGCUUUCCAAUCUCUGGGGAUCUCAGACGUUACGAAAGAGAGGUUGAACAGGCUAGUAAUAGGGGUUGCGACAAUUUCGGCGGCUAGUUUUAGAAAGAAAGGGUCCAGAUUGUCUAGCCCAGCUGAUUUUGUAGGGGUCCAGAUUUUGCAGCUCUUUCAGAACAUCAGCUGUCUGAAUUUGUGUGAAGGAGAAGUGGGGGGGGGGGGGGCAUGGGCAAGUUGCAGCGGAGGGUGCAGAGCUGGUGGCCGGGGUAGUGGUAUCCAGGUGGAAAGAAUGGCCAGCCGUAGCAAGAUGCUUGUUGAAAUUCUCGAUUAUUGUAGAUUUAUCGGUGGUGAUAGUGUUUCCUAGCCUCAGUGCAGUGGGCAGCUGGGAGGAGGUGCUCUUAUUCUCCAUGGACUUUACAGUGUCCCAAAACUUUUUGGAGUUAGUGCUACAGGAUGCAAAUUUCUGUUUGAAAAAGUUAGCCUUUGCUUUCCUAACUGCUUGUGUAUAUUGGUUCCUAACUUCCCUGAAAAGUUGAAUAUCGCGGGGGCUAUUUGAUGCUAAUGCAGUACGCCACAGGAUGUUUUUGUGCUGGUCAAGGGCAGUCAAGUCUGAGGAGAACCAGGGGCUAUAUCUGUUCUUAGUUCUGUAUUUUUUUAAUGGGGCAUGUUUAUUUAAGAUUGAGAGGAAAUUACUUUUAAAGAACAACCAGGCAUCCUCUACUGACGGAAUGAGAUCUAUAUCCAUCCAGGAUACCUGGGCCAGGUCAAUUAGGAAGGCCUGCUCGCUAAAGUAUUUUAGGGAGCGUUUGACAGUGAUUAGGGGUGGUCGUUUGACCGUGGACCCGUUACGGACGCAGGCAAUAAGGCAGUGAUCGCUGAGAUCCUGGUUGAAGACAGCGAAGGUGUAUUUAGAGGGUAAGUUAGUCAGGAUGAUAUCUAUGAGGGUACCCAUGUUUACGGAUUUAGGGUUGUACCUGGUAGGUUCGUUGAUAAUUUGUGUGAGAUUGAGGGCAUCUAGUUUGGAUUGUAGGAUGGCCGGGGUGUUAAGCAUAUCCCAAUUUAGGUCACCAAGUAGUACGAACUCUGAGGAUAAAUGGGGGGCAAUCAAUUCACAUAUGGUGUCCAGGGCACAGCUGGGGGCUGAGGGGGGUCUGUAGCAAGCGGCAAUAGUGAGAGACUUAUUUCUGGAAAGGUGGAUUUUUAGAAGUAGAAGCUCAAACUGUUUGGGCACAGACCUGGAUAGUAUGAUAGAGCUCUGCAGGCUAUCUCUACAGUAGAUUGCAACUCCACCCCCUUUGGCAGUUCUAUCUAGACGGGAAAUGUUGUAGUUGGGGAUGGACAUUUCAGAAUUUUUGGUGGCCUUCCUAAGCCAGGAUUCAGACACUGCUAGAACAUCAGGGUUGGUGGAGUGUGCUAACGCAGUGAAUAACUCAAACUUAGGAGUAGACUUCUGAUGUUAACGUGCAGAAAACCAAGGCUUUGACGGUUACAGAAGUCAACAAAUGAUAGCUCCUGGGGAGUAGGAGUGAUACUGGGGGCUGCAGGGCCUGGGUUAGCCUCUAUAUCACCAGAGGAACAGAGGAGGACUAGAAUAAGGAUAUGGCUAAAGGCUUUAAGAACUGGUCUUCUAGUGCGUUGGGUACAGAGAAUAAAGGGGGCAGAUUUCCGGGCGUUGUAGAAAAGAUUCAAGGCAUUAUGUACAGACAAGGAUAUGGAAGGAUAUGAGUACAGUGGAGGUAAACCUAAGCGUUGGGUAACAAUGAAAGAGAUAUCACUAGAGGCACCGAUUGAGCCGGUCUCGGCGUGUAUGGGGGGUGGAACAAAGGAACUAUUUAAGGCAGUUUGAGAGGGACUUGGGGUUCUACAGUGAAAUUGUAUAAUAAGAACUAACUGGAACAGCAAUAGGCAAGGCAUAUUGACAUGGGAGAGAGGCAUAAAGCAAUCACAGGUGUUAUUAGAGAGAGCUAAGACAACAACUGGUAAUGGCGAUAAAGUUUGGGCUGAGGCUAAACAGAAUAAACAGGACAGGGUACCGUGUAAAGGAACAGUCCAGCAGGCAUCAGCUGUGCAGCUGAGUGAUCAUAAGGUCCAGUGAACAGCAAUAUGUGAAUCCGAGAGCAUUUCAAAUUGGUGCUUCAGCACAGCGAGCAGGAAGCACGGUUGUAGUUUGCGUGUGCUAGCGGGCCGGGGCUAGCAGAUGGAUCUUCGUGGUCGUCGCAACGGGAAGCCUGUUGAAACCACAGACGAUUAUGUCGGCAUACCAGUCGUGAUGGAUCGGCAGGGCUCCGUGUCGACUCUAGGAGGUCCCGUCCGGUUGACAGAGAGGUAGAUAGCCGGUAAAUGUGCUUGACUCAAGGCUAGCUCAAGGCUGAUUAGCCAACAACAACGUUCAUUUGGUUGCAGCUAGCUAGUUGCGAUUAUCCAGAGUUAAAGGUCCAGUGAAUACUGAAUAGAUACACUGAAUAGAUACAGUACACUGAUCUCAAACCCCCUCUCUCUCUCAUAAUAAGUCAUAAUUAGCCCAAAAUGUAUGAAAAAAUACAAUAUUGUUUGUCUGUGUGGAUGUACUAACAAAAUCGAUAUGGACUGCUACAGUAAAGAAUACAUACAGAUGUCUCAAAGUAAAUGUCUCAUUGGACCUAUUCAAAACAGUAUGUCAACUGGAUGUGAACUAUUGUUUCUCAGUAACAGAAGGCCUAACUGUUGUACCAUGAAUCGUCUCCGCAGCAACCCCUGGUGCGUCUGAGAGGCGGGGCCAACAUAGGAGACGGGCGAGUGGAGGUGCUGAAGAACGGCGAAUGGGGCACCGUCUGUGAUGACAGCUGGAACCUAAAGGCAGCGUCCGUGGUGUGUCGAGAACUGGGCUUCGGGAGUGCCAAGGAGGCCCUCGCUGGAGGCAGGCUGGGACAAGGUAGGUCUUCUCUCUCUCUCUCUCUCUCUCUCUCUCUCUCUCUCUCUCUCUCUAUCUCUCUUCUCUAUCUACUCUCUCUUCUCUAUCUCUCGUCUCUCUCUCUCUCUCUCUCUCUCUCUCUAUCUCUCUCUCUCUCUCUCUCUCUCUCUCUCUCUCUCUCUCUCUCUCUCUCUCUCUCUCUCUCUCUCUCUCUGCCAGGUAAAUGCAUUCUACAUGCCAACCAAGUAUAUUCACCAUCUGUAAUGGAAUAUGGAAUCAUUGAUCCAUAGUCAUCUGAUAAGUCUCAGACCAACCACCUUCUACCAGAGCCUUUUGAAUCGCUGCCAUCAUCCACUAUUAAGAUACAGUAUAACCACACAGUGACUCUGUAACAUACUGUCUUUUCUACUGUGUUUCUCUAUCUGCUGUCAGACCAUCUUGGCUCUACUUUCAGAGAAGACACUGCCAGAGAAAUGUUCCUGUCCAGUCACAUGCUGGAGACAGACACAGCAGGAAGGGAGUGAUCAUAUGUAUUGUUGUGGAAAAUCCAAUAUUUUCACAUGGAUUAUUUAGACUUGCUAAAUGUUUUAAAAGGGAGAGAGAGAACCAGAGGUGGGACCAAGACACUAUUAUUAGAGUCACAAGAAAGUCUUAAGUUACAAGGUCCGAGUCUCAAGUCCAGUCCCAAGUAGAACGGGUCGAGUCUCAAGUCUAGUCCCAAGUAGAACGGGUCGAGUCUCGAGUUAAGUCCCAAGUAGAACGGGUCGAGUCUCGAGUCAAGUCCCAAGUAGAACAGGUCGAGUCUCGAGUCCAGUCCCAAGUAGAACGGGUCGAGUCUCGAGUCAAGUCCCAAGUAGAACGGGUCGAGUCUCGAGUCCAGUCCCAAGUAGAACAGGUCGAGUCUCGAGUCCAGUCCCAAGUAGAACGGGUCGAGUCUCGAGUCAAGUCCCAAGUAGAACGGGUCGAGUCUCGAGUCAAGUCCCAAGUAGAACGGGUCGAGUCUCGAGUCAAGUCCCAAGUAGAACGGGUCGAGUCUCAAGUCAUCUCCCAAGUAGAACGGGUCGAGUCUCGAGUCAAGUCCCAAGUAGAACGGGUCGAGUCUCGAGUCAAGUCCCAAGUAGAACGGGUCGAGUCUCGAGUCAAGUCCCAAGUAGAACGGGUCGAGUCUCAAGUCAUCUCCCAAGUAGAACGGGUCGAGUCUCGAGUCAAGUCCCAAGUAGAACGGGUCGAGUCUCGAGUCAAGUCCAAGUCGUGCAUUCUAAGAGCAAGUCAAGUCAAGUAAAAAAAAUAUAUACAUGCAACUACAAAUCUUUGUCUAUUUAUUGAGGGCUACCAGACAGCCCUUUUCAUCAAUUUGUCUACAACAUAUUUUGAUUAUGUAACAAUUCAUUUUAACAACAAAUUCCAAAUGCAAGCUUCAUAAGUAAUUGAUGAAUUUCAAGCAAUUUUGACAUACCAAAAGACCAGUAGGCCUAUGCUAGAAAUUGUUGCUUGAUGCCCCAAUGCUGGUGAGUUUGCAAAGUAAACCGUUCAUAUUCUUGAUCACCAAACAUUCUUUGGAGCUGCAUAUUUAUGGAAAUCAUAUCUCCCUAUAAUUUGACGUUUGCGCUGCACCCGAUCCUAUAGCAGUACAGCAAAUCACCAAUCUGUUCGCUAGCUCAGUAGUUCUCUAACUUUUUGACCCGUGGCCCCCCAAAAGCAGUGGUACAAAACUUGCGACCCCUGCGCACGCACAUACACGCACAAUGGCUGCGCAAAUGUAGCCUGUCAUUACAGCCAUAAACGGCAAUUCAUUUUCAAAAGUUAAUAUACAGAAAUAAACUAUGUUUUACACCUGCAUUUUUAGCUGAAAGUAAUUCAUGUUAGCAGACAAUAUCAAGUCACUUCUCUGGAGUCCAGAGCAAGCAGCAUCAUAAGGCCAACUGGGUAGCCCUUUGCUUCCUCACAAAUACUGUCAUUAAUUUGCUAGAAUAUGUUACAUCUUCAUUCCAUAAUAUUGAAGGCAGUGCGAUGUUACAGCUACAGUAUCUUUAGACAUAUAGCCAGUAGCCACCCAAACUAGGCCUGUCUGAAAUAUGAAAAUUAUUUAAUGAAAUCGCCAGGUAGCCUAUUAUCGUUCUGGCAAAGAUGCCUCCAUAGUCGUUUUCUAAAUUGUAUUUUAUAUGGAUAAUAUACAGUGGGGAGAACAAGUAUUUGAUACACUGCCGAUUUUGCAGGUUUUCCUACUUACAAAGCAUGUAGAGGUCUGUAAUUUUUAUCAUAGGUACACUUCAACUGUGAGAGACGGAAUCUAAAACAAAAAUCCAGAAAAUCACAUUGUAUCAUUUUUAAGUAAUUAAUUUGCAUUUUAUUGCAUGACAUAAGUAUUUGAUACAUUAGAAAAUAAUAACUUAAUAUUUGGUACAGAAACCUUUGUUUGCAAUUACAGAGAUCAUACGUUUCCUGUAGGUCUUGACCAGGUUUGCACACACUGCAGCAGGGAUUUUGGCCCACUCCUCCAUACAGACCUUCUCCAGAUCCUUCAGGUUUCGGGGCUGUCGCUGGGCAAUACGGACUUUCAGCUCCCUCCAAAGAUUUUCUAUUGGGUUCAGGUCUGGAGACUGGCUGGGCCACUCCAGGACCUUGAGAUGCUUCUUACGGAGCCACUCCUUAGUUGCCCUGGCUGUGUGUUUCGGGUCGUUGUCAUGCUGGAAGACCCAGCCACGACCCAUCUUCAAUGCUCUUACUGAGGGAAGGAGGUUGUUGGCCAAGAUCUCGCGAUACAUGGCCCCAUCCAUCCUCCCCUCAAUACGGUGUAGUCGUCCUGUCCCCUUUGCAGAAAAGCAUCCCCAAAGAAUGAUGUUUCCACCUCCAUGCUUCACGGUUGGGAUGGUGUUCUUGGAGUUGUACUCAUCCUUCUUCUUCCUCCAAACACGGCGAGUGGAGUUUAGACCAAAAGGCUCUAUUUUUGUCUCAUCAGACCACAUGACCUUCUCCCAUUCCUCCUCUGGAUCAUCCAGAUGGUCAUUGGCAAACUUCAGACGGGCCUGGACAUGCGCUGGCUUGAGCAGGGGGACCUUGCGUGCGCUGCAGGAUUUUAAUCCAUGACGGCGUAGUGUGUUACUAAUGGUUUUCUUUGAGACUGUGGUCCCAGCUCUCUUCAGGUCAUUGACCAGGUCCUGCCGUGUAGUUCUGGGCUGAUCCCUCACCUUCCUCAUGAUCAUUGAUGCCCCACGAGGUGAGAUCUUGCAUCUAGCCCCAGACCGAGGGUGAUUGACCGUCAUCUUGAACUUCUUCCAUUUUCUAAUAAUUGCGCCAACAGUUGUUGCCUUCUCACCAAGCUGCUUGCCUAUUGUCCUGUAGCCCAUCCCAGCCUUGUGCAGGUCUACAAUUUUAUCCCUGAUGUCCUUACACAGCUCUCUGGUCUUGGCCAUUGUGGAGAGGUUGGAGUCUGUUUGAUUGAGUGUGUGGACAGGUGUCUUUUAUACAGGUAACGAGUUCAAACAGGUGCAGUUAAUACAGGUAAUGAGUGGAGAACAGGAGGGCUUCUUAAAGAAAAACUAACAGGUCUGUGAGAGCCGGAAUUCUUACUGGUUGGUAGGUGAUCAAAUACUUAUGUCAUGCAAUAAAUGCAAAUUAAUUACUUAAAAAUCAUACAAUGUGAUUUUCUGGAUUUUUGUUUUAGAUUCCGUCUCUCACAGUUGAAGUGUACCUAUGAUAAAAAUUACAGACCUCUACAUGCUUUGUAAGUAGGAAAACCUGCAAAAUCGGCAGUGUAUCAAAUACUUGUUCUCCUCACUGUAAAUGUAGGCCUAAUCUGUUUUUGUCAGGCAAAACCGGAGAAAAUGAAGCAAGUGCUUUCUGGUCUUGGUAUGCGCACCCCCAUUUGCACACCAAUGCUGAUGACCGGUCAUUGGUCAACAAGCAAGACAAGCAACACAUUUCGGAAGACACAUUUAGCUUUAAAUCAUUCAGUUGUGCAACUGACUAGGCAUCCCCUUUCCCAUGCUGCGGCUACUGUCUCUGGCUGCGUGGAGAGUAAUCCAUGGAGACUCUGUGCCACAAAAUUAGUGACAAAACGUUACAAAACCUAACCACAUAAUGUCAAAGUCGAGUCCCAAGUCUUGAGGCUCCAAGUCUCAAGUUAUUUUAUUUUAUAUCAAGUCAUCAAAUUUGUCAAGUCAUGUGACUCGGUCCACACCUCUGGAGAGAACAGUUCAAUGUUCCCAAGUGCCCUACUCGAAUGGGUCAGAGUUGUCCUAAAAUUGGCAGGAAAGUUAAUUUCAACUCUCAGAGUGUGAUUCUACUCCUGUUAGACAUCAUUGCCAUGCAUUUAAACAUAGUGGGCCGGUUUCCCAGACACAGAUUAAGCCUAGUCCUGAACUCAAAAGCUCUUUCAAUGGAGAAUCUCCAUUCUGUCUGUCUCCUGGAGUAUUGAAAGCAUAGUUCUGUGAUUGAGAGAGUGGGAUGGAGCUGACUCCAGGUGUGUCUUCUUCUCUCCCCUGUAGGAAUGGGCCCAGUCCAUAUGAAUGAGGUGGAGUGCUCUGGCUUUGAGAAGUCCCUCACAGAGUGCUAUUUCAACAGAGAUGCCCUGGGCUGCAGUCACGAGGAGGAUGCUGCGGUUAGAUGUAAUGUUCCUGCCAUGGGCUUCCAGCACAGAGUGAGUAGGCCUAGUACAUGCCCACCGCUUAUGGGUAUUACUCAUAUAGUACUUGUGUAUUACUCAUACAUAACUUGUAUUAGUGGGUAAGAGCAUUGUGCCAGUAACCGAAAGGUCGCUGGUUCUAAUCCCCGAGCCGACUAGGUGAAAAAUCUGUCGAUGUGCUCUUAAGCAAGGCACUUAACCCUAAUUGCUCCUGUAAGUCGCUCUGGAUAAGAGCGUCUGCUAAAUGACUAAAAUGUUGUAUAGUACUUGUAUAUAACUUGUAUAUAAGUCUAUUGCCAACUGUUGCCAAAUGCAAAUGAACAAAUCCACUGAAUAUUUGUUUGAUGUCAUCUGUGGAUGUGCAAACUUUAGAGUUGUUGUGAUUCCAUCAUUAAUGCCAACCACACAUUUUUGCCAAACUAUUUUCAUAAUAGAAGAAAUGCUUUCAUGUUUUCUAGCUUCUCAAAAUACUUUAGGUAAAGCAUUUCACAGCCAAAGAUUUGUUUUCUCAGAAGAACAGAAUACUCAACACAGAUUAGGGAAUAUACCUCAUAUUUGAAUCAAGUGUCUUUUUUGGCUCAUAAUAAACAUCUAAUAUGUGGCCUAGUGGGUGGUCUAGCGCAGUUUGUUUUUUUACUGGGGUCCGCGGAGGUACUGCAGGGGGUCCGCAAAUGUAUUAUUAUAAUUUUUAUAAAAAUAUAUUGGGAUUUUUUUAUGUGAAAAAAGACAAUUUUAUGAAUAUUGCUAGCUGCAAGAGAUUUUUUUACCUUUAUUUAACUAGGCAAGUCAGUUAACAACAAAUUCUUAUUUACAAUGACAGCCUACACCGGCCAAACCCGGACAACUUGUGCACUCCCAAUCACAUCCGGUUGUGAUACAGCCUGGAAUUUGAACCAGGGGGUCUGUAGUGAUGCUUCAAGCACUGAGAUGCAGUGCCUUAGACCGCUGCGCCACUCGGGAGCCCAGAAUACCACCGUAAAUAGCAUUGUUAUGUCUCUGCGUCCAGUAUAAAGGAAGUUAGAGGUAGUUUCACAAGCCAAUGACUGAAAGUCUAAAGGAAGAGUUAGCAUGGUAGCGGUUCUUGUUCAUCCGACACUGCGGAAGUAGAUAAAUGGCUUCAUUGACAAAAUCUCAAACUAUCCCUUUAAUAUGGAGGAAGUUACAGUCAUUGGAGCUAAUUACAGAGUUUCUUCUGUAUAGAAAAUUCUUAGGUAGGCCGUCUAAGUGGUACAUUUCGGGAUGGAAAAACAGUUUCAGUGUCAACUUAAACAACUAAAACCAGAUAUAAAACGUGCAGAAAAGAUAUUGAAAUAUAUCUUUUUAGAUAAUACAAUUUUUGAAAACUAAUAAUCAAAUUAAAGCUAGACAGUCAGGGAGAAUCAAAAAUAAAAAUAAAACAGCCAUUCAGGGCACAUGCCCAUUGAUUUUAUUAUAUUUGAGCAGAGGAACACAGCAUUAGCCAUGGAAAAAUGCACAGAAUUGCAGGAAUUUAGCUUUAAAACUUCAAAAUUAUCUCUCAGCUCCAUGCCAAACUGUGUAGAAUUGCUAGAAAUUAGCUUCAAAACUGCAACAUGUUAUCUCAGCUCAAUGGGAAAAUGUGUAGAAUUGCAGAAAAUGUGCUUUACAACAGCAACAUUUUCUCUACGCUGCCAAGAUAUCUUUCUAGCUAAUAGACUAUGUUAGAGUUUACACUUCCUCUUCCAAUGAACUGUGGGGAGGUCACAAUAAUGAAACUAUCUACCAAAUCUAUUCAUUUUAAAAUGUUGAUUACUUCUACUUGACAUUAUCAUUCACCUGAUGAUAAGGCAAGAUGUGAUUUUAAAUUGUUUUGCUAACAUAUGAUAAAGGCCCCUUUGUCACCGGUUUGCCUGGGCGGGGGUCCCUGGGCUAGACCCUUGGUAUAAUGGUCUAAGCCGCUGCCCCUAGAACACAUAUACUUCUGCAUCAUGGGUUCCAAGCCGACCCACUGCUAUCUCAGCACACUUUAUCCUCCUGUCUUUCCUCUCUAUCUCUGGCGUGUCCAAUAAACCCAAAACAUAUGAGCAGAAUGGGACUGCCUUUAUAAACAUCUAAUCUCUCCUUUACUGUGUUGCAGCUGCGUCUGAGUGGAGGGCGGAACCCGUUUGAGGGGCGUGUGGAGGUGCUGGCGGAGAAGAACGGCUCGCUGGUGUGGGGCACGGUGUGCAGUGAUAGCUGGGGCACCAUGGAGGCCACGGUCGUGUGCAGACAGCUGGGCCUUGGGUUCGCCAGCAACGCCUUCCAGGUGCGUUUACACACAUCAAACUCUCAUCCCAUUGGCUGGUCAGCCAGACGAUCAAAAGCCUAACAUUCUUUGACAAAUGGUCAAUUUCAUCUCAGAAUGUUUUGGGGAUUAUUUCGAUAUCCUGUAUAGUAAAACUAUUACUAUUGCAUUUCCUGUUUCUGUGUAAGUAUCGACAACAUGUAAUAAUAUCAAGGGUCAAUUAUACCUUUUGUGUGAUUUUGUGAUUGGAACUCACAGAUAAGCACAGGUUUUUACCCCAGUGUUAUUUGUGUGGAUGUUGGGGAAAUAGUCACGUCUAACACUGGUGCUAUUACUUCAUAAAAGUACAUUAUUUGGUCCUCCUGUGUUUCAAGUUGGCCUCAUUAUAUACGUCAGAGCCAUAUAAUCACCACCAGCAAACCUCAUAUAUCCCUAUGGGUCUGAUAUACACCCUUUAGCUGUAAACAGCUGGAGAUGCUCACUAAAGGAAACGGGCUCUGACCUUAGAGUUUAUAGUCUCCACACUGACUAAGGGGAUGGAGUGAGGAGAGGCUACAGGCUAGCCUGGGUACCAUAAACAUGUACAGGCAUGUGGCGUAUGUGAACUGUAUACACUUGGUGGUGGGGAGUCCGUUCCUGCUCUUUGAAGUUUAAUUGGCCCACCACCAUCAGCAACCCUAUAUACAAUUAAGUCAUUUAGCAGACGCUCUUAUCCAGAGCAACUUACAGUUAGUGAGUGCAUACAUUAUUUUUUAUUUUGGCCACCUGUGGGAAUCGAACCCACAACCCUGGCAUUGCAGACACCAUGCUCACCAACUGAGCUACAUCACUGCCGGCCAUUCCCUCCCCUACCCUGGACGACACUGGGCCAAUUGUGCACCGCCCCAUGGGUCUCCUGGACGCGGCCGGCUACGAACCAGGAUCUCUAACGGUACUGCUAGCACUGCAAUGCCUUAGACCACUGCGCCACUCAGGAGUAUAGGCUAGAUACGCUUUUCUGCUGACGUACCAGACCUAUUAGUGUUGCUAUUUUGAUUAUUUGCUGUGUUUAAAGGGUUAUACAAGAGCUAUCUUUAGUCCCACGGUGUGUAUAUACACCAGCUUUAUGUGCAUUCUUUAUCAAUUUCUUUUUUCUUGGGGUUUCGGACGAGUCUACUGUUUGAGAGACUGUCAUUAACUAUUUGCAGUGUACUAACAAGUGCUGAAUGCCACUGGCAGUGGUGAUAUAAGUCUGGAAAGUAUUUAUGAAUCAUGGAAGAACUGGGUUGAUGGGAGGGAGAGUUUAAUGAGUGGAAAUUGGACUGGGCUGAUAGAGCUCAGAGUAAUUGUGUGAUUAAGUGUGACUUCGAUUAUUGUGUACUAAUCCACCUCUUAAUGGCAGUCUACAUCAAAUUGUCAUGAUGUGUUUGGGGAUCCUUUAAAUGUACUAGAACGCACGCACACACGUGCACAGACAGACAAACAGAUAGACACACAGAAAGACACACAUUUCUUAUUUGUAUUUCUCGUGUGUUUUUGUUCUACCUUAUGUUAUGUUUAGUGUUACAUUGAUAUUGAUUAUUGCAUUGUUGGGUUUGGAACUUGCUAGAAAAGCAUUGCACUGUACUUGUGCACGUGACAUUAAAACUCGAAACUUUCCUGCAGAGAUACAGUCAUGUUAUGUUAACAGAGAGGUUAGUCUGUUACAAAAGCCUGGUGGUGUGGAGAGCAGAGCAGAGUCCGUCCCGUGGAGAGUAGAGCAGAGACAGAAGCAGCAGAGUCCGUCCCAGAUGGUGGAGCAGCAGCAGAUUACAUUUACGUCAUUUAGCAGACGCUCUUAUCCAGAGCGACUUACAGUUAGUGAAUACAUUUAUUUUUUUAUUUUUAUACUGGCCCCCCGUGGGAAUCGAACCCCAAACGCCAUGCUCUAUCAACUGAGCUACAUCCCUGCCGGCCAUUCCCUCCCCUACCCUGGGCCAAUUGUGCGCCGCCCAUGAGUCUCCCGGUCACAGCCGGCUGCGACAGAGCCUGGAUUCGAACCAGGAUCUCUAGUGGCACAGUUAGCACCGCGAUGCGGCGCCUUAGACCACUGCGCCACUCAGGAGACUGAUUAGAGACUGAUUAGAGAACAGUCCAUCAUCAAACACACACAGCCUCCUGGCAGCCUGCUCUGGUGCCUCUUUCCUGACUUACUGCUCUGCGCUCUAAGGAUGUGUCCCAAAUGGCAACCUAUUCCCUAUAUAGUGCACUACAUUUGACCAGAGCCCUAUGGGUCCUCCCAAACCACCAUCCGCCCUCCCCAUCCCACCCACCCGUACUCCUUUUCUGUGGGAGAUCUCGGAAAUAAUGAGUUUUCACAGGAUUAUUCUCUUGGCUUUGGGCUUCGAUAUAGAUGCAUACAGAUGAUACAGUAUAAAGAGGCUGAGUCAGAUCCAUGAGGACAGUUGUAAUACAUUACUCACUCACUCUCUUUCUCUUUUUCUCUCUCUCUCUCUCUCUCUCUCUCUCUCUCUCUCUCUCUCUCUCUCUCUCUCUCUCUCUCUCUCUCUCUCUCUCUCUCUCUCUCUCUCUCUCUCUCUCUCUCACUCUCUCUUUAAAUAUGGUUGAGUUUUACAGCAAAAGACAUGACAUAGCAACAUUUAACUUCAGAUGGAGUGACUUUGUUUCCUUAAGGAUCUUGCUACUUGCUUUAGAAAGCCUCAUCACCAGAAACAUAAAAUCUAGAAAACAUCCACCAGGGAAAAAGAGGCCUAACCAAUAUCCUGCUCUUCACUUCCUCAAUUAAAUCUUGUCUAUCUUCUCAAGGAGUUUUGGACAACAACUAUCAGAAUGGGUUCUACUAGGUAGAUGUUGCCGUAUCCGAACAAUAGCAAAAUUAGGGUUAAGUGCCUUGCUCAAGGGCACAUUAACAGAUUUUUGCACCUUGUCGGCUUGGGUAUUCAAACCAGCGACCAUUCGGAUACUGGCCCAGUGCUCUAACCGCUAGGCUACCUGCCGCCCUAUAGCUAUGCAGGUUCAUGACCUGCAGGGAUGGAAAUGUAGAUAGGGAAACCUCUUGCUUUAAGAUUAUGAAAUUACAGUUUCCCCUCUUAAGUUUAGAGAAUUAAAGCUGGGCCUAUGUUUGAUCAGUUUGCCUGUGUGGUGUUAUUUCUCCCUACCAGGAGACGUGGUACUGGCCGGGAGAUGUGAGGGCUGAUGACGUGGUGAUGAGCGGGGUCAGGUGUUCAGGGACGGAGAUGACCUUGGCCCAGUGCCUCCAUCACGGGAAACACCUCAACUGCCCUCGAGGGGGAGGGCGCUUCGCUGCUGGAGUCUCCUGCUCCAAGUGUAAGUCACUGAUGAUAACUACUGUCUGUAAUUAAGGCCUAGAUUCAAUCAGAUCAAGAGUUAACCGGCAAUAGCAGACACCCGUAUUGCGGAAGUUUUGGCGGUUUCGGCGGUUUCGGAGGUGGAACCGCUUUGGAGACGUCAAAUCGGUGAGCAGUUGCUCUUGCGAUCAUUGUCACGAAGCCACACCCAUCCCACUCACGUUAGAAGUUCAGAACAAGAAAGUGUAGGCUAUAUAGAAAUAAUUACACUCAAAUUGAAAAAUCAUUCAACAAAAUAAGGAUUUCUAUCAUCCUAAUCAAGGUGUAGAUUACAUCUCACAUUCCAGUGUUCAAACUUUUAAAUAAGGCUGCAUGGGAUUUCUGUUAAUGCAACUCCAUGCAGCCAAUGGCAAUGUCUGCUUUACAGUGGUGGAAAAAGUACCCAAUUGUAUAACUUGAGUAAAAGUGAAGAUACCUUAAUAGAAAGUUACUCAAGUAAAAGUGAAAGUCAGAUAGUAAAAUACUACUUGAGUAAAAGUCUAAAAGUAUUUGGUUUUAAAUAUACUUAAGUAUCAAAAGUAAAUGUAAUUGCUAAAAGAUACUUAAGUAUCAAAAGUAAAAGUAAAAGUAUAAAUAAUUUUAAAUUCCUUAUAUUAAGCAAAGCAGAUGGCACCAUUUUCUUGUUCUUAAAAUGUAUGGAUAACCAGGGGCACACUUCAACACUCAGACACUAUUUACAAAAGAUGCAUGUGUGUUUAGUGAGUCCACCAGGCCAGAGGCAGUAGGGAUGACCACGUGUUCUCUUGAUAAGUGUGUGAAUUUGACCAUUUUCCUGUCCUGCUAAGCAUUCAAAAUGUAAGGAGUACUUUUGGUUGUCAGGGAAAAUGUAUGGAGUAAAAAGUACAAUAUUUUCUUUAGGAAUGUAGUGAAGUAAAAGUAAAAGUUGUCAAAAAAUAUAAAUAGUAAAGUAAAGUACAGAUACCCCAAAAAACUACUUAAGUAGUACUUUAAAGUAUUUUUACUUAAGUACUUUACACCACUGCUGCUUUAGGUACAGUAUAAUGCCAGCAGCCACUUGUGGAUUUGGCAGUUCCACCUCCGACACGUCAAAACAACCGCUAUGCGGAUGUCGACUAAAGCAGAUCGGGAUUGAAUAGAGCCCUAAGACCCUGAAAAACUCUUGACCAACCCUCAACCCUAAUACUCAAGGCGCCACUGCAGGCACACAACACAUGCAACAACCUCUGCAAUCGUUAGAUGAUUAGUAAUAAUGAACAAUAAAAUCACCAUUCCAUUCCAAAUCACUCCGCGUGUCGUGCCUAAGAACAGCCCUUAGCCGUGGUAUUGCUUCAAUAUAUUCCACUCAUCUGAAUUUCAUUGAUACACUGUAAGCUGAUGAAUUUCAAGCAGAGACAGGCGAUAGUGUAUCAGUUGACUAGUCAUGUAGAAAAUGUGAUCUUGUACAAUAUUGCAUGGGCCAGAAUGGCAUACAACACUGCGCUACGUUUUUACAGUAGCCAACUGCUUGACAAUAGCCCUAUUUCUGAUUAUUUAUCCUACUUAUGUACUGUAUAAGGAUAAUGAAACUUUAAGACUGACAUAUUUCUCAACAUGCUCACAACUUGCCAUUGGAUACAAAUGUGUAUUUUUUGCUAUUGGAUUAAAUGGUAGUUAAAAUGACUAAAUGGUGUAUUAGUGACUAAACUAAAUGUUCUCAUUGUAUUUCAUGAAAAACUUAGAUUUUGCAUGAAUUUCUCAGGGAUGAAAGAUGUGUGAAACCCCAAUGAAUGAACAAUUAAAUGUUCUAAACAUAAGAUAAGUGUUAUCAGUUUAGAGUUUUGAAAAUAUACCACUUAUAUCUGAACAAUGUGCCAAAGUGAUUGAAAGAAAAACUGUAACAACCUCUCCUGCCCUGGCACGCAGCGGCCCCAGACUUGGUUCUCAACGCUCAGGUGGUGGAACACACCACAUACCUGGAGGACCGUCCAAUGUACAUACUGCAGUGUGCCAACGAGGAGCACUGUCUGUCCAGCAGUGCUGCCACUGCCACACCCUCCUCCUACCGUCGCCUGCUGCGCUUCUCCUCCCAGAUCCACAACAACGGACAGUCCGACUUCCGCCCCAGGGCUGCACACAACUCCUGGGUCUGGCACGACUGCCACAGGUAAAGUGGAGGAUGAAUUCUUUGGUCCUUCAGUUUAGUAAUUUAGUUAUGUAGUGGAAGCUAUGAUAAAGGGGGCUGGACAAAGGCAUGCAAACAAGCAUCAUGAGCAGGAACUCUUUGUGAGUAUUACAUGAGUUGAGAACAAUCACAGUGCUGGAAUAAAAGUCCUCUGGAGGUUGUUAUUGUCGCAGCCUUGUGAGAUCAUACAUUUGUGGUCAUCUUGAGGCAGUGCCUGCUGUGGUUGUACAAAGGCUGGUUAUGAUGAUGAUGAAGAUGAGGAGGGUGGUGAUGAUGAACAUGAUUGACUGUCUAUCUCCCGGUCCAGGCACUACCACAGCAUGGAGGUGUUCACCCACUAUGACCUGCUGAGCCUCAAUGGCACCAAGGUAGCAGAGGGACACAAGGCCAGCUUCUGUCUGGAGGACACCCAAUGUGAAGAGGGUAAAGAGUGUUAAUGUGAAAAGGGUAAAAAGGCUUUAAUGUGAAAAGCAAAUGAUUAAUAUUAUCACGACAAACCUCUUGACUACAUUCCUGAUUCUCUGCUCUAACACUCUUCACUGUUGUCUCUCUGAUCUAACACUCUUCACUGUUGUCUCCGACCUAACACUCUUCACUGUUGUCUCCGACUUAACACACUUCACUGUUGUCUCUGGCCGGGCAGGUAUUGAGAAGAGGUACGAGUGUGCUAACUUCGGGCAGCAGGGCAUCACUGUUGGCUGCUGGGAUACGUACAGACACGACAUCGACUGUCAGUGGAUAGACGUGACAGACGUCGUGCCAGGAGACUACAUCUUCCAAGUGAGAAUCUUAUUGAAUUUUUAUUCUUUCAAAAUGUUUGUUUUUCCCCCCCAGUUAGAAUUUAAAAUAACUAUUAUAUUAGAAUAGACAUGUGAUUCUAUACAUCCAAAUAUGAAAUAGGAGCAAGGUGCUUGUCUUACAUGAGAAUCUUAUAAUAAACUGGGAGUAGUGACAGUUCUUCCAAUCACUUUUGGUUCCAUGGGGAUAACAGGAGUCAAUUCAUUUCAAUGGAAUCCACAUUUAGUCAUUCAGCUUGUCACUUUCCCAGCAUUUUAUAAUUGUUACAAUUUCACUUAAAGCCAUCUGUGUUGGCAGCAUCUACAGUGAGGGAAAAAAGUAUUUGAUCCCCUGCUGAUUUUGUAAAUUUGCCCACUGACAAAGACAUGAUCAGUCUAUACUUUUAAUGGUAGGUUUAUUUGAACAGUGAGAGACAGAAUAACAACAACAAAAUCCAGAAAAACGCUUGUCAAAAAUGUUAUAAAUUGAUUUGCAUUUUAAUGAGGGAAAUAAGUAUUUGACCCCUCUGCAAAACAUGACUUAGUACUUGGUGGCAAAACCCUUGUUGGCGAUCACAGAGGUCAGACGUUUCUUGUAGUUGGCCACCAGGUUUGCACACAUCUCAGGAGGGAUUUUGUCCCACUCCUCUUUGCAGAUCUUCUCCAAGUCAUUAAGGUUUCGAGGCUGACGUUUGGCAACUCGAAACUUCAGCUCCCUCCACAAAUGUUCUAUGGGAUUAAGGCUAGGCCACUCCAGGACCUUAAUGUGCUUCUUCUUGAGACACUCCUUUGUUGCCUUGGCCGUGUGUUUUGGGUCAUUGUCAUGCUGGAAUACCCAUCCACUACCCAUUUUCAAUGCCCUGGCUGAGGGAAGGAGGUUCUCACCCAAGAUUUGACGGUAAAUGGCCCCGUCCAUCGUCCCUUUGAUGCGGUGAAGUUGUCCUGUCCCCUUAGCAGAAAAACACCCCCAAAGCAUAAUGUUUCCACCUCCAUGUUUGACGGUGGGGAUGGUGUUCUUGGGGUCAUAGGCAGCAUUCCUCCUCCUCCAAACACGGCGAGUUGAGUUGAUGCCAAAGAGCUCGAUUUUGGUCUCAUCUGACCACAACACUUUCACCCAGUUCUCCUCUGAAUCAUUCAGAUGGUCCCAGCUGCCUUGAGAUCAUUGACAAGAUCCUCCCGUGUAGUUCUGGGCAGAUUCCUCACCGUUCUCAUGAUCAUUGCAACUCCACGAGGUGAGAUCUUGCAUGGGGCCCCAGGCCGAGGGAGAUUGACAGUUCUUUUGUGUUUCUUCCAUUUGCGAAUAAUCGCACCAACUGUUGUCACCUUCUCACCAAGCUGCUUGGCGAUGGUCUUGUAGCCCAUUCCAGCCUUGUGUAGGUCUACAAUCUUGUCCCUGACAUCCUUGAAGAGCUCUUUGGUCUUGGCCAUGGUGGAGAGUUUGGAAUCUGAUAGAUUGAUUGCCCCUGUGGACAGGUGUCUUUUAUACAGGUAACAAACUGAGAUUAGGAGCACUCCCUUUAAUAGUGUGCUCCUAAUCUCAGCUCGUUACCUGUAUAAAAGACACCUGGGAGCCAGAAAUCUUUCUGAUUGAGAGGGGGUCAAAUACUUAUUUCCCUCAUUAAAAUGCAAAUCAAUUUAUAACAUUUUUGACAUGCGUUUUUCUGUUGUUAUUCUGUCUCUCACUGUUCAAAUAAACCUACCAUUAAAAUUAUAGACUGAUCAUUUAUUUGUCAGUGGGCAAACGUACAAAAUCAGCAGGGGAUCAAAUACUUUUUUCCCUCACUGUAUAUGGGUGUAUAUAUGGAUGUAUUGAAGAAUGCAUAGAUGGAUGUAUAGAUGGAUGUAUAGAUGCAUCCUUUCCAUUGUCUUCUUUACGUAUAGGGAUACAGAAACCUUAACUGAAACUGUAGUCUUCUUUGUAUAUGGCAUCAUGCCUGUACCUAUAAUCUCUCGUGGACAGAGCUACGUAAACAUAACUGGUACCAUAGAAUCUGUUGGGAAGGAAUGGGAUGUGUGGGAUAACGAGCAGCAGUAGUUCCGGAGUUUGGGUUUUUUGUCACAGGUUAUUUGAACAAAUCACAAUUUUGCAGGUGUUAGCAUCUUUCGAAUUUCGGAAGGGGAGGGGAAAACUCCACAUUUGACAUGUGUUUUUCUGGAUUUUUUUGUUGUUAUUCUGUCUCUCACUGUUCAAAUAAACCUACCAUUAAAAUUAUAGACUGAUCAUGUCUUUGUCAGUGGGCAAACGUACAAAAUCAGCAGGGGAUCAAAUACUUUUUUCCCUCACUGUAUUUUGGUAAUAGCAAGAGUAUCUGGGUUCUCUGAUGACAUCAUCAAUACGUUGUUUCUCUCCCCAGGUUGUAAUCAACCCCAACUAUGAGGUGGCAGAGUCCGACUACACCAACAACAUUAUGAAGUGCAGGUGUCGAUACGAUGGCCACCGGAUAUGGACGUACAACUGUCAUAUAGGUGAGAGACUGGAUGACAACAGUGGCGAUUACUGGCUACAACAGUAUUGA